AAAAGGAGGAAGACGAGUCUGCUGUGAGUUGUGACGCGUGAAUGUCGUUUCGAUUGGAACCCGCCGAUGAAAAUGAAAAAUUAUUUAGUGGUUAAGAAGCUGUGUUAGCGAAUCCAAGGGCUCUGCCAAUCGACUCCCGGAGCCUCCUUAGAUAGCCGUAGGGGUCGUUGUUUUUAAGUGUUUUGUAAGUGAACCAUGGCCAGGUUACUAGUGAUGGUGGUGGUGUUGGCUGCCGCGAUGGGGCUGGACGGCGGAGGAGAUGUUGUGGUGUCGGCCACCUCCGUCGAUUCCUGUUCCCCCGUCAGCGGCGUCUAUCACAGCAAGGGCUUCGGCGAACGCGUCCCCAGUCAUCCUAUUCCAGGUGACCACCUGAAGAUGUGUCAGGGAGAGACAACAUGCUGCACUGACGUCAUGGAGCGAAAACUGAGUGUCGAGAGUCGACAGGAAUUCGACAACAAUCUUAAAAAUCUUCUGAACCCUAUGGCCAGUCUGCUUGCCAAGAAAAAUGUUAAAUUAAAUGACCUUUUCGGAAAGCUUUUGAACUUCAGCCGAAGAAGCUUUGAUGAGAUGUUCAGCAAGACCUAUGGAAUCAUCUACCAGCAGAACGCCUACGUCUUUACGAAUCUAUACGACAACCUCGAGAAAUACUUCAAGCACGGGGAACUAGACCUGAAGGACACAAUGGACGAUUUCUUCAAGAUGCUCUACCAGCGCAUGUUCACCGUUUUCAACGCCCAGUAUUCAUUCACCCCUAAGUACUUACAGUGCGUUACUCAGCAUAUGGAGGCGCUGCAGCCCUUUGGUGAAGUGCCAAAGAAAUUAACGACGCAGAUAAAACGAAGUUUUGUGGCAUUACGGACGUUUGUUCAAGGUCUUGCCACAGGGCGAGAUGUGGUUAAGAAUGUUCUCAAGGAGAACCUUAGUAAGACUUGUGUACACGAGUUGAUGAGGAUGACCCAUUGUCCCACCUGUUCGGGUCUCAUGAAUGUGCAAGCUUGUAUGCCUUACUGCAGAGAUGUUAUCAAUGUUUGCUUAGCCCACCAUCAACCUCUUGUUGCUCAUUGGAUUGAAUAUGUUGAUGCUAUGGUGAUUGUGGGUGACAGGUUGGAGAACCCCUUCAACAUUGAAAAUGUUGUGCAGCCAGUUAAUUAUAAGGUGUCUGAUGCUAUCAUGAAUUUCCAAGAAGCAGGCCAUGAAAUUUCAACCAAGGUAUUUCAAGGUUGUGGAUCACCCCGACUAGGCCGCAACACAAGGGAGGUUGUCACAGGAGAGCUAUCUCAAGAGUUUCUGGAGUUUUCCAACUCCCGCCAGGAUGAAGAUGUCACCAGAGAAGCUGAGAGCAUUUCUGUCAGCAGGCACAUUCAUGAAAUCAAGACCAAGAUAAAGAAUUCUCGAGAUUUUUGGACAGAGCUGCCAAACAAGAUGUGUAAGGAUGCCAUGAGGCAGGACUCUUCUAAUUGUUGGACAGGUGUAAAGCUGGGAAAAUAUGAUGCCAAACCAAGUUUGAAUAGCACUAAGGCAACACCAAGUUCUGAGAUGAAUGUCCAAAUUAUGAGGUUGAAGGUGAUAACAAGCAAGCUUCAAGAGGCAUACAAUGGACGAGAUGUGUCUUGGAUUGAUGAUGAAUCCUGGCUGAACAAUGGUGGUAAACAAGAUGAAGAGGCUGUAAGCAGGGAGGAAGGGAGUGGUAGUGGAUCAUCCUUGCCCCACUCUCCAGGCCACUACCCUCCAGAUGAUGAAGAUGGGUAUGCAAAUUCAGAUAGUUAUGCUGGUUCUGGAGCUGAUGGUUACGAUAUAAGUAGUACAAGUGAAGGAUCAGGUGAUUAUGGUUCUGGAGAUGGAUGGAGAAAAGAAGUCUACGAAGAUGUUCCCAUCAAAGUGAGAGGAAAGGAUCGCGGAUCAGCACCUCCAAUGUACGAUCCACAUAGCCCAAGCGGUGGAAGACCUCGAAAUCCUAAGCCUGAGGCACCUCAUGGUGGACCAGAGCAACCUCCGUCUGCAGCUGCCAAAGAGAGUAUGUCACUAUACCGUGCCAUAACAAUUUACAUGUUGCCAGCCUUCAUCAUGUUCCUGGGCUCUAUUGCAUAAGCCUUUACGCAUGACAGAAGCUCAAAACAUCCUGGCAGAAGAAAGGCCAGGUUAGAAUCAGGGAUUGGUGUGGGUCUUAAAACUUGAUAGGAAUGCCUUCAGGAAAAGAUUUAGUGCAACUGAGGACCUGUGGAAAUUCAUUGUAAUUUUGAUUGCCAAUAGAGUGAAGCCUUUUGAAGUUAAGUAACCUCUUAUAAUUUUAUGGCACAAGAAAAACAUGCCACAACUUUGAAAUCAAAGGCAUUCUAAUCAUACCAAUGUAUAUUGAAUUGUGGGAUGCAUAAAUGCUCCAUGAAUUACCUUCAACUUACGGAUUGAAAUGGAAAAUCAGAGAUUUAAGAUGAGGAUGCUCCACUUUGAUAGGAGAAAGAGAUAGAGAGAGAGACAUCUUUUGUGCUAAUCAUUGGUUGGUGUGUGACUGAAGAGUUUCAUGGAAGGGAAAGUGUUAUUAUGAAUUCCUUCAGACAUGUAACUAACAUUUGGAGGUGUAACAUAUGAUGCCCCAUACCAUGAAAACGUGACAAGUGUGUGCCAUGAUUGUGAAGUUGCAUAGCAUUACUCACUUUUUUUUUUCUUUUUUACAGUAUUUAUUAACGUACAGUAAAUCUACUGAAAGCUUAAAGCCAUAUGUAAUUAUCUUUUUACUUCUGUAUACUGCUUUUACUAAUGUUAUGUUUUAUCAUCACCAUUGUAUUUACGGAUGAAAUUUUUAAGUAAUGACUGUUGUUAGGUUUUUCUUAUUCUUUGGCGGACAGGAUUUCAGUUUUUUCAUACAUCCCUCUAAAAUGUAAUGCAUGUGAUCCUUUUAUUAUUUGCUGUGAUAGGUAACUGCAUCAAAAUUCUGGUCUGCAAUCAAAACCUUAGCCGUCCAGGCACAAAAUCUAUAGACGAUACUACCAUCAUGAUUUGAAAUGUUUUUACAUUAAUUUGGUCCAGCCAUGAUGUGCAUAUGUUGCACUCAUUUUAUGUAUGAAUGUUUCAUGCCCUGCAUCGUAUGUGUUUGCCAUUUUCUUAGAGUAAAGAAACUGUAGAAUCAUCUUACAUCAUUACAUGUCAUGCUAUGUCCGUGUAAAUGUUUUCAUCAUCAUUGUGGGAAACCAUAUUGUGGUUUGUGGUUAUAUAUAUAUAUAUACGUAUUCUUUUCAUAUAGGCCGUGAAUCGUGUGAAUGCAUAAUAAUCACCAGUCAGUUAACAUAAUAGCUUCUUCAAUGUCAUUCUAAAAGAUGAAAGUAAAAUUAGUUGUUUCUUUUGUGGCUAAAAGGUUUGUGCAGCACAGGCUGUUAUGUUGUUUGCUGUUAAUAUAUUGUAAUUGUACAGCAUAGUCUGUUAAUUACUACCAAACUAGGCUAGGAACAGCAAUAAGACUGUAAAAAAAGGAAACAUAAGCAUACUGUAGGCAAAGCCUAAAAUCAAAAUCCUGUUCCAUAUCCCAAGUGAAAGUUGGGUAUUAUGCAGGAGAGGUUAAUGAAAAUAUUACUGAAGCAGACAUCUACGUCCCGUGUCCUGUGUUUCUGAUGACUCUUAAUGUCUUGGUACUGAUAACCUUAAGACUUAUUUAACUGUAUCUUCUCCAAUAGUACAUGAAAGAUGAUCUCAUGAGCUUAAAGUGUCUCUACCUCCUGCUGCUCUAUUCCAAAAAAAAAUACACAGACUUCAAUUGUGAGCUUGAAAGAUAAUGAAUGUUCCUCCAGAGAUGGAAAAUAAUUUAUGUUAACAAAAACUGAAAAUGUGAAAAAGGAAUAUUCAGUUAAAAUAAGCUCAAGUACUUGCCACAUAUCUAUGCUUUAUCAAUAGAAAACAAAAUGACUGGAGAAUUAGCUCAAGUUUAUAUGAAAGUAUUUUGUAGUUUUCUGAUAAUGAAUUAUACAGGCUCAGUGCACAGUAGAAUGGACUGCCCUUGUUAAAAUCCUACUUGAGUCACAAACUCUUACUAUUUGAGAGAUGGUAAUUUUCUUUUAGCAAAUUAUACUUUAUACUGAUUAAGGCAGAUAUUGUCAUUUGUAACAGAAAGCGAUAUUAUCCUAGCGAAAAUGUUGGAAAUAUCAAUCGACUCUUGUAAUUAAUUUGGCUAUUAUACGUUGACGACGUGUUGUAUAAUGUAGAUUGUUUUAUAUUUUUUAUAGGUUACCUGCCUUAUAUCAUUUAUCAUGGAGUCAUGUCUGUACUUAGAAAACUCAUUUGUUCUGUCAUUCUAAAGAACUGGUGUACUCUACCUGUACUGUAUGCAUUUUUUUUUACAUAUAUAUAAAGGUAUUCCACCAUCUUAUUUCUCUCCUGUAGCAGUCCCUUUGGAGAUGAAGUGCUUGAGUGAUUGCCUUCUUGUAUUCUACUUUAAGCCUAUGCAAAUUUAGUUCUUUCUUUCUUGUUAUAGGCCUCUAUGAUUUAUAAAUACAGUAAUAUGGAAAUCAUAUUUACUGUGACAUCUUGAUUGGUAAAUUGCAAUUAUAACAGAUGGUUUUGUCUGAUAGCAAGAUCUUGCAUCUCUGAAAACAAUUCAGAAAACAACAAAAAUGUAAUCAUCAUUGAUAUCUGAACUUUAGAUGGUUGGGUGCUAAUUAGCAUUGUCAUUAGUAUGGUAUAAUGUAACAAUAUUACUUAACAUACAAGUAUACAUAUAUUAGAAAAUUUAAAUUUCAAGAAAUUUCAAGAUUUUUUCCUUCCAUUUUUAACAAUGUUAAUACCAAAAAAAUCUGUCACCAGCAAAAUGCACUUUUUCAACCCCUUUAGGUAUUCUAAAAAAGUGUCAUCCUGGUUGAAAGGCCUCCUGAGGAAAUAGACAAAUGGAUGUUUUAAUUUUUUAUGUUCCCUUACUAUACUCAGGGUGUACCUACUUACUUGAUUCCAUUGUACUUUGUUUAACAGGUAGCUCUUUCCAGUUGAGUAGUCAACAUUUCUUCCACUUAUAGUGUGUUCCAAAGAAUUUUUUUUUAUAGACUACUUCUGAAAAUGGGUAGGUGUCAUAUAUCAGAGGGAAUUAUUUUCAGAGUCUUGUCAUUCUCAUCUUAAAUAAAUUCUUAUAUUACUUAAAAAUUAAAUUGUACUCACCAUAGCUCAGCUUUGAAUUUCCUCUUCUCCUCAAUUAUGAGUACUGGAUAUCCCUUUGUAUAGUCAAUUUCCCUUAUAUAAGAUAUUGAAAAUAUUGUAAUGAUGUAGUGACUGAGCUCGACGACCGAAUUUCCAAAGCGGUUCAAUAUUGUUUUCAUAAUAGCGACCUUACCUCUGUUUUGAUAAAUUUCCAUUGCUGGAUAGAAAGAUUUUAAGGGGCUUGUAAUUUCCCUGAAAUGGAAAAUGAAAGUGUUUAAUGUUAUUUAAUCCAUAUCCAGAUGGUAUAUUAUGGUUAAAAGCUUUCUAUUGAAAAAUAUAAUAGCUUGAAUGACCUUGAAGUCAGUCAUAUAAAUAAUUCACUUUGGAGUAAUAAUGCAUUUAAAUAUUUUGCAUUUAUGUCGUGACGUGUAAAUUUAUAGACUGUAACAACCUGUAUCAAUCAUCUGGCACUGUACGAAAUUCCACUCUGUAGAGAUGUCUGUACAGAGAUAUUUUGUUAUUUUAUUGUACAUAAUACAUAAUGCAAAAAUC